UUAUAAAUGUCAGCAGGCAUGAGAGUGAGCUCUUAGCAAACAGCGAUCCAUCACAUAGACUCAGCAGCAUCAGUAACAGGAUGGAGCGACUGGAUCUUUGUGUGAUUACGCUGGCUUUACUGCUCUAUAUGGCUGCACAGGCGUUGUGCCAGCUGUGCAGCAGGCCCUGCCUUUGCCCUAAUUCUGCCCCCCGGUGUCCUGCGGGAAUCCUUCUGGUGCUGGAUGGCUGCCGAUGCUGCCAGGUGUGUGCUCGCCAGCGAGGCGAGCCGUGCACAGAGAUGUUUCCCUGCGACACACAGAAAGGACUGCAGUGUGACUUCAGCGCCAGCUUCCCUGGAGACCCUGGACAGUGUGUCGGUAGGGAGGAGCUGAGCUGUGAGGUGAACGGCAUCACUUACCUACACGGCCAGUCCUUCCAGCCUUCCUGUGACUCCUACUGCCGCUGCACAGGUGGGGGGGUGAGCUGUGUGCCGACCUGUCCGCUAACCGCUCGUCGUCCCACUCCAGAUUGUCCCAGUCCACAGUUUGUCCGUCUGCCGGGGAGAUGCUGCAGGGAAUGGGUGUGUGAAAACCUGGAAAACACAGUGAUUCAGGACGCCAUAACAGCCAUGCGACCAGGCAGAUCAUGGCCAGUAAUGCCAAGAACAAAUGUUCUCCCAAAGCUGGCCUUGCCAGCCUCCACCUGCGUAGAGCAGACCACCCCAUGGAGCGCCUGCUCCCAGAGCUGCGGCACCGGCGUCUCCACAAGGGUCUCUAACCAGAAUCCCGCCUGCAAGCUGCAAAUGGAGACUCGACUGUGUAUAGUGCGACCUUGCCAGGCUGCUGAGUCUGCGCCAAGGAAACCCUUGAGAGGACAGCAGGGUCGGUGCAAGGCCACCUACAUGUCACCGAUCCCCCUCCACCUCGUCCAUCGGGGCUGCUACAGCCUGCAGGCCUACAGGUUCAGGUACUGCGGACAGUGCACCGACUCUCGCUGCUGCACGCCGCACCAAACCUCCACGGCUCUGGUGACCUUCCGCUGCCCUACAGGCAGACUGCUGCAGAGAGCUGUGAUGAUGAUCCAGUCAUGUGCGUGUCACAGCAACUGCCCCUACUCGCCCUACACCAACCCCGCUCUCUGGCCUCACAGGCCCUGAUUCUGACGACCGAUCGGACAGACGGAGAGCAAAUGAAGGUAGACAUGAAAGGACUAAUUAGAGAAAAAUGGGACUGACCUUGAAAAUGUUGUUUUAUUCACAUUAAUGAACUCUGCACUACCUUACAAACAUCAGGUGGCUUUGACACCUUGUAAAAUAUUUGUUUUCUCUCUUUUAUCUACUAGAGGAUAUGUUAGGGUGCGUUCACAUCCAAUGCCAUUUUGGCACCCAGGGCUAAUUAUUCAGUGGGACUCGGGAGCAUUGCCAGGUGAGGUGUGAUCGUAGCAAAGCGGGUGGUAUGUUUAUCUACAGCUAACUGCAAAGAUAAAAAAGGUAGCUUGGGUUUGCUUUCCAAAGUAAAAUGCAUGUCCACCAUUUUUAAGUGAAAACAGACACCAGGCGAGUCGAUGAUGUGGUGGAGACUUUCCCCUUCCAUGAGAAUUGAUGCCCAAGGCCAGGGAAUUGCUGGCAUACAGUAGCAGCCAUUCAAAAUGGCCCUUCCCGAAUGGCGGCCAACUUCCAGCCACUGUAGUUACUUCCUCUUGCAUAUUUUUUUUACUCUGACUCCUCUCUUUCACUAAAUUAUAAGGUCUGACCAGGAGAAGGCAUUUCUCUUUAGAGCUUAAUGUCCACGAAUCAUGACAGAGUAUUUCAGUUCAAAGAUUGAUGUUUAAAGGAAUCGUAUGGGACACGCCAAGGACCAGCAAAGGGACCAUC